AUGUACGUGUUUUCUGAAUUUUUUGUGUUUGCCUUUGAGUUGGGCCCUUUGUUUCUCUACGAGUCCAAUAUUCAGAUGGUUGUCUACGUCAUACCUUCACAAAACCUAAAUCCCCCUCCGUGUAGUAAACAGUGCAUCCUGGUAUCCCAGCUUCAGCUCCUUCACUAUAUGAAGAGAGUUUGGUUUGUGAACACGGCUGGGGAAGAAGUCUCCUUUGAUGCCGGAGGAGAUAUCUACGGGUACUUCGAUAUCCUGAACUGGAAUCUGAAAGGGAACAGAGGUCAAUAUACCAAAGUAGGGACCUUCAACAAUGACAUUAAUACCGGGCAGAAACUCUCAAUCAAUAGCAGCGCCAUCCAGUGGUCAUCCGGUCUGGGCAAGUUUUGUUUCAGUCUCAGUUUUCUUUUUUCCACUUUGGCAUCCUCCAAGGUUCCAUUGUCGGUCUGCAGCGGUGACUGUCCUCCCGGCUACAGGAAGGCGCCACAGAGAGGUCAACCGGCCUGUUGUUUUGACUGCAUUUUGUGCCCGGAGGGGAUGAUUUCCAACCAAACUAAUUCUGUUGAUUGUUACCUUUGUCCGGAAGACCAUUGGACAAACAGCAGAAGAACCAAAUGCGUUCCUAAGGUCAUUGAAUUCCUGUCCUAUGAGGAACCCUUGGGGCUGGUGAUGGCAUCAUUCGCCGUGAUCUUCUCUUUGGCCACAAUGAUGGUGCUGUGCGUGUUUCUCAAGUUUCGGGACACUGCAGUGGUGAAAGCGAAUAAUCGCAACCUCAGCUACCUCCUCCUACUGUCCCUAACGUUCUGCUUCCUCUGCUCCUUGGCAUUCAUCGGUCGCCCAUCCAGACUGACCUGCACCAUCAGACAAGCUCUCUUUGGGGUCACCUUCUCGCUGUGCAUCUCCUGCAUCUUGGCCAAAACCAUCAUCGUUGUCAUUGCCUUUAAAGCCACAAGACCUGGCAACAAUUUGAGGGUGUGGGUUGGUUUCCAGACAGCCCUUCUCGUUGUCUUUACUUCAAACUGUGUCCAGGUGAUUAUCAUCCUGGUGUGGCUGGUCAGGUUCUCACCGUUUCUAGAACCUAAUUAUCAUGUCUUAACUGGUGUCAUCCUUAUGGAAUGUAACGAGGGUUCCGUCAUAAUGUUCUACUGCACCAUAGGAUACUUGGGCUUCUUGGCCUCGUUUAGUUUUGUUGUCGCCUUUCUGGCUAGGAACUUACCGGACAGCUUCAAUGAGGCCAAAUACAUCACCUUCAGCAUGCUGACCUUCCUCAGUGUCUGGUCGAGUUUUAUUCCCGCCUAUCUAAGUACUAAGGGCAAGUAUAUUGUUGCCAGUGAGAUAUUUGCCAUAUUACUGUCUAGCUUGGGGCUCUUGGGUUGUAUAUUUGGCCCCAAAUGUUACAUAAUUCUUCUGAAGCCAUCAAUGAAUACAAGAGAAUUUUUAAUGUCAAAGUCCAGUUAA